UCUGAAUCUUCCAACUAGAGGUUUCUAACUGCGCUAUGUGUGAAUGUAAAAUGUGAUUAGGUAGGAUUUAAUUAUAAUGAUAGCAUUCCAAUUCUAAUUUCACAAAUUAGACGGUUUUGUUUUUCUAGAAUUGUGCUGAUGAAUUGGUCAUAAAUCUCAUUUUGCUGGCUGAUUCAGUUUGUGAACUGAAGAUGAAUUAGCAGGAGACGAAUAUUGUUCCUUUUAAUUUCUUCUGUGUAUCUGUUUUGUUUUACCUGAUACUGUUGAUUGUGUUAACAUUGCUAGCUGAAUCAGAGCUUGUCUUAUCACUCAGAUUUACAAUUCAGAUUUAAAUUAGCUUCAUCUGCCACUCACAGGUACUUUAGUUAAGCCUUAAACUCGUCACAUCCCAUUUGUUCUGGUGUAUCUGUUUCUAGUUGUUUAGAUUCAAUGAAAGGUUGGCUCUGUUUACUCAUUGGUUUGAGUGAUCUGAUAUGCUUUGAAUAAUGAAUUUAUUAAAUCCAUCCAGCUAUUUUAAGUUUUAGAGUCUGAUAUUGAAGGGGGGUUGAUUUCAUCAGCAUUUUUGUUUGAUGAAAGCUGGAGAUAUCUGCCUCGAUCAUUCUACUAUUGUAAAAAGUAAAGUUAGUCAUUCCUGGUUAAAGAAUCUUGUUUUAGUGGAAAAGGCUGGCUGAAUUAAUUGGCAAAAACGAGUAGAUGCAUAUUGCCAAGCUAUAUAUGAAGUAGUCGCGUUUUAAUGGAAGGCGACACGAGAUAUGACUUUCCGAUUCUUAUAUAAUAUGCCGAGCCUUGUGCGUUCCAAAUUGAAAUAAGGAAUUUAGGGUUUUUCGCUCGCCGCCACUGCUGCCAUUCCAUUUACAUAGCCGCAAAAGAGGUAAACAUUCCCCCAUAUGUUUUUCUUUCCAUUACAAUUAGUUUGUUUGAUCUUCGUAUCGAAAUAACUGUCAUCUAUUUUAUGGUCUCUUCUUUUGGAUAGAAGCUUGGAAUUGGAGAUUUUGUUCACUUCUUACCGAGAGGUUUCUUUAAAUUCUCUAUAUUGAUUUAUUGCACUAGACUAUAAUAAUAGAUCUAUGCAAUAUUAGUGUGUAUCUUAGUUAGAUCUGGCAAUUUAUGAUGUCGUGUAUCAACUUUUCAUGUUUUAUGUUAUCCAUUUUGUGCCUUUUCAUAAUCUCCUUCCUCUGUAUUCAUGUUUAGAUCUUGCUAUUAUGUGUUGUGUCGAGGAUUGUCUUGAACUUAAUUUAUGGUUUGGGAAGUUUAUUUGACUGUAACGAAGCCAACUUAGUCGAAUUAAUGUCUGAUUUGUCUUGUAUAGUUCGUGCAAUUUUGCCUGCACAAAAAGGCCAACUUAGUUCACAACUCAUGCACAAUUUUGCACAAUCCACAAUGUCAAAUGUGUUUUUUCAAUCACUUUUUAGGCCGUUAUUUGAUAAAAAUGAAACAAGCGAAAAUGGAAGAAGGAAAUGGGGCCGGUUUGAAAACCUAAAGCAUCUUUGUGGAUACUCCCUUGUCUUGAAGCGUUUUGCUUUGGCUAUUCAUUUGACUCUUCCAAGUACUACACACUCUACUGAAUCAGCUGAUGAAAUCUAUCAAUUUCUCCCUAAGCUGGCAGACGUCAAACUGGUUCUUCUCUGAUUUGAUUUUAUGUUAAUUUGGUUUGAUAUUUUUCUUCAUCUGCGAAUGUUUCUAUGAUUUUGUACUUUGAACAAAGACUUAAUCAACAUAGGAGCUACUUUCGCACUAUUUUCGUAGUACUAUUUUUUCGCACUAUAUUUGCACCAUUUUACUCUUUUUCAUAUCACUUUUAGGUAUUUGAAUCUUUAUAUUUUAUUUUUUUCUAUGAUUCCUUGUCUUUUCCCCCAUUUUUUCUCUCCCUAUUUUCCAUUUCUUUGGUAUUAUUUGAUUCAGCGAACUUCUCCCUAAGCUGACAGGCUUUACCAGUGAAGAAAUGAGUGAAUUCAUCAAGUUAUCACCGAUUAAGGAGUUGGGGUUCUUGUCAUUCCUUCAGAACUUCAGGGAACUCAGAUCUAUUUCGUUGGACUUCACAUGUCCUCGCAGUAUCUGCAGUUCCUCACUUUGGAAAGUGAGGGUGAAAUUCAGCAGCGGUGGAGCCAUGGUGGAACUCUUUCUAGAACUACCAGCUUUUGUGCAUGAGGAGGCUUCAUCAUCUAACGAGUCUUCUUCAUCUGAUGACGAGGACCCAUACGCUGCACUAACAGACACAGGAAUGCGUGCACAGUCUCUCUUUCGAUGUUGUUGUGUUUGGUUACUUGUGCUGUGUUUGCUCAGAAAAUGCCACCCUUCGCUUGCGAGUGUCACCAUCACAAAUAGCGAGAAAGAGGGGAGACUAUUUGUGAACAAUAUAAAUCUUCUUUUUCGGAGAAACAAGUCGAAUGAAGCAGAACUAUGCUCAUUGAAUCAGACACUUGUUGGAUGCGUGACUCAAAAAUCCCGGAAUCAGGAUAACUGGUGAAAGUGGUGAAUCAUGCGACGUUAGAUCCGGUGGAUGAACUAGAUUCUGAUCCAGGCGCGUAGGAUGGCGAUGAUGUAGUGACUUGGGAGUAUACUGGGGAUGAAAAGGACUUGCGAGAUUCGUUGUUGGAGUUUUUAGGUAAAUAAGGAGAAACAUUUCCUUACUUAUCCACGUUUAACUAUGCCGAAACUAGCUCUUCUCUCAUUUGAUUUAAUGUUAAUUUGGGACUACAGUUUGAUAUUUAUUUUUAUCUGGGAAUAUUUCUAUCUAUGAUUUUGUACUUAGAAUAAAGACUUGAUCAAAAUUUAAGGUACUUUUGCACUAUUUUUGCUCUAUUUUUGCUCUAUUUUUGCACUAUUUUCGUACUAUUUUUGCACUUAUUUGGCACAAUUUUACUCUUUUUUUUAAUCACUUUUUUGUUAUUUUAAUGUUUAUAUUUUAUUUUUCUCUUUGAUUCCUUGUAUCUUCCUCCAUUUUUCCUCUCAUCUCUCUAUAGUUUCAAUUUUGCUUAAUUUCAUUUAUUCUAUGUACUCAUAAAAUUAAAGACCACAUCAAUAACUUUAAUUUGAUAUAAUUUUAAAAAUAAAUCAACAAUAAAAGAUUAUAAAUAUUGAAAACAUGUUAAAGACUGUUUUAUAGAAAAACGGUGUAUUUAAUUGUAGCACCUAAUUAGUAUUCUUAAUACAGUAAUUUUUUUAUUGACAAAAUAUACAAUAAACUUAAUCAAAGCCACUGAAGAACAAGGAGUGUUUUGGGCAUAUAACGCCUAUUUUCAAAUUUGUUUAGCUUCUUAUAGAUUUCUUUAGCUAUACUUUGUGAAGAUUUUGUUGAUGAAUCUUGUUUGAGAUUAGGAAUGUUAAGUAAGUGAUGGAUAUAUCUAGAUUCCUGUCUGAUAAUGCUUAUAACUGUAUCUUCCAGCUACAGAGAGGUUUCUGACUAUGCUAUGUGUGAAUGUAAACUGUGAUUAUGAUGGAUUUAAUUAUAAUGUUAGCAUUCCAAUUGUUAUUGCUUGUAUGGGAAAUCUGUUUCACAAACUAAACUGUUUUGAAAUUUCCAGAAUUAUAGUAGUACUUGAGUUUGCUGAUGAAUUGGUCAUAUUUAUUAUUUUGCUGGUUGAUUCACUUGUGCAAGAGACAGAGGGAACUUGGGUUUUUCGCCGCCACCGCUUCUUUUCCGUUUACAUAGCAGCAGAAGAGCAUUCAAGCGGGGGAUCUUGGAAUCGGAGAUUUUGUUCACUUUUCACCGACAGGCCGUUACUUGAAAAAAUGAAACAAGCGAAACUGGAAGAAGGAAAUGGGGUCGAUCACUUUGCUCGCAUCCCACAGGAACUACUUUCGUUGAUAUUAAGCCGGUUUGAAGACCUAAAGCAUCUGUGCGGAUACUCCCUUGUCUCGAAGCGUUUUGCUUCGGCUAUUUAUUAUUUGAAAUCGGUUCAUUUGACUCUUCCUAGUACUACACAUUCUAUUGAAUCAACUGAUGAAAUCUGUGAGCUUCUCCCUAAGCUGGCAGGCUUUACCAGUGAAGAAACGAGUGAAUUCAUUACGUCAUCACCUAUUAAGGAGUUGGCGUUCUUGUCAUUCCUUCAGAACUUCAGGGAGCUCACAUCUAUUUCAUUGGACUUCACAUGUCCUCGCAGCAUCUGCAGUUCCUCACUUUUGAAAGUGUGGGUGAAAUUCGGCAGCGGUGCAGCCAUGGUGGAACUCAUUCUAGAACAACCAGCUUUUGUGCCUGGAGAGUCUUCUUCAUCUGAUGACGAGGACCCAUACGCUGCACUAACAGACACAGGAAUGCGUAAUGAGACACAAUCUCUGUUUGGAUGUUGCUGUGUUUGGUUACUUGUGCUGUGUUUGCUCAAAAAAUGCCACCCUUCGCUUGAGAGUGUCACCAUCACAAAUAGCGAGAAAGAGGCGAGACUAUUUGUGAGCAACAUAAAUCUUCUUUUCCGGAUAUUCAAGUCGAAAGAAGCAGAACCAGGCUCAUUGAAUCAGACGCUUGCUUGGAUGUUAGACUUACCAAAUUAAAAGAUUGAUUUGCCUCGAGUGUGUUUGUUUGUGCGUGCUUGUUGAAAUGUAUGAAUUCUAUUUAUAGAUGAAGUUUAGGUAGUAAGAAUUAUUUAAA